GAUUUUGUUUUUGGGUGGGGGACUAAAGACUAGGAAGGUUUCUCACCAAAAUAAAAAUGAAAAAAAUAGAGACUCAGAAGGUUUGCAUAAUUUAUGCUAUCCCAUGUAUUUGAUGUAGAUAACCUCAUACUUUUAAUCUUCCUCCUCUCCAGAUUUGAACUUCUCUUUACUCUUUCAAACCAAACUCUAUUCUUCUUCUUCUUGGCCCCUAUACCCUUUCUCUGAUCCUCAAAAGGCAGCCAUUAACUUGCCCCUUCUCCUUAGCAGAUCCAAAAAAAGACCCAAAAAUUAGAUGAAAGCAUGGAGGAAGUUGAUGACUUUCAACCUCUUGUUUUGGAUAUUGGAUCUAGAAUGAUUAAGGCUGGAUUUGGAGGCGAUGAUGCUCCUAGAGCUCUCUUCUCAAGUGUUGUGGGAAGGCCAAGAACACAUACAGCUUCUACAGUAAUAAGAGAUGCGUAUGUGGGCGAUGAAGCUGAAUCCAGAAGAGGUAUUCUCACAUCCAAAUACCCAAUUGAACGUGGGAUUGUUACUGAUUGGGAUGACAUUGAAGCCUUAGUUCAUCACACCUGUUACAAUGAACUUCGCGUUGCUCCUGAUUAUCAUUCAGUUUUCCUCACUGGAGUUCCUUUCUACUCCAAAGGUCACAGAUUGAAGAUGACCCAGAUAAUGUUUGAGACCUUUGAUUUCCCCUAUGUGUUUGUUGAAAUCCCUGCAGUACUUGCUCUCUAUGCUAGUGGUCGUACUACAGGUAUUGUGCUGGAUUGUGGUGAUGGAGUUACCCACUCUGUUCCCAUCUAUGAAGGUUACCCAAUCCCAAAUUCAAUUCAAAGGAUUGAUCUUGGUGGGUCUGAUGUUACAGAUGCUCUAAUGAAAUUCAUGAUCAAGAAAGAAUCAUGUUUGAAUUCGAAAAUUCUAUUUGAUCAUGUGAAAGAGAAGCUUGCCUAUGUGGCUUUGGAUUAUGAGGUUGAGUUAGAAUCCACAAGGAGCAGCAGCAAUAGCAGUUCAUCAACUGAGAAGAGGUAUGAGCUACCCGACGGUCAAGGAAUUACGAUUGGGGAGGAUCGGUUUCGUUGCACAGAGGUACUCUUCCAACCCUCUUCAAUCAUGGGGAUGAGAGUUGCAGGGAUUCAUGAAACCAUUUAUAAUUCAAUCAUGAAGUGUCCUAUUGAUACAAGAAGAUAUUUUUAUGGUAACAUUGUAGUUACUGGUGGGUCAACCAUGUUACCAGGCUUUACUGAUCGUCUAAGAAAGGAGAUCUCAGGACUUGCCGCUAGUAGGAUGAAGAUGAAGGUGGUGGUGGCACCACCUGAGGGGAAAUACAGUGAUUGGAUUAGAGGGUCACUGUUGAGCUCAUUUAGUGGUUUCAUGAAGAUGUGGAUAUCAAAGGAAGAGUACUAUGAAACUGGGCCAUCUAUUGCUCAGUUGAAGUAUUGCUUCUAGAUUUGGCGAAAAAGCUUCUCUUUGAUCUGAAUGUCACAUUCAAAGUGAGGAAAAACCCAUUACCCCUUGCAUCAAAACUACUUCUAUUUGUGUCGGUUGGUUGUGGGUUCGAUUUUCAGUAUGUCCCACUAUCGUUCAUUGGUCCUACGGAAGCAUCGCUUACCAUACAAUGGCUUGUCCUUGGGGCUAUGAUCACUACCAUGGAGUAUCCUUUUUCUUUACCAAAGAAAAAAAAAAAAACUACUUCUAUUGAUAUUGUUGUGUAUUAUGCUACAAUGGAUUAUCAGUUAUCCUUCCCAGUGAGAUCAGAAUCAUUUUUAGA